AUGGCCCACUUCCCGCAGGGGACCAUGCGUUGGAGGAGACCCUGUGUCACUCCCGGCACCCAGGAUCAGACAGUCUCUGCGUCCGUGGAAGUGAGAGUGACAGUAACCAGUCAGGACUACAGUGACGAGCUACAGGACCGAAACUCUGAAGAAUUCAGUAACUUCAAUAAGACAUUCACAGAGCAGAUGGCGCAGAUUUAUGCUGGUAUCCCGGGGUAUGAAGGGGUUAUCAUCAAAAGUCUGAGCAAAGGCAGUAUCGUGGUGGAUUAUGAUGUCAUCCUGAAGGCCAACUAUACCCCAGAAUAUGAAAGCACAUUAGAUAGCAUCGUCAAAGACCUGAAGACAAAAAUCGAGAAUGCAACGGAACAUCUAGUCGUAAAUGACAAUAAAACCUGUUCAGCUUUACUGUGUUUCAACUCAACUGCCACCCGGGUGCAAGAAAGUGCCACAAUCACUGUCAGUCCUGAGGAGACAUGCAAGAAGGAGGCUGGAAAGGACUUUGCACAGUAUGUCACACUGGGAUUGAAGAACAAUAAGUGGUACUGCAUCACGCCGUGCACAUCAGGCUACAGCACCUCCAAGAACUGCAGCUACGGCAAGUGUCAGCUGCAGCGAAGUGGACCCCGGUGUCUCUGCCUGUCCACGGAUACCCACUGGUACAGCGGGGAAAACUGCGACCGGGGCAUCCAGAAAAGCCUGGUGUAUGGGCUCGGGGGAGCCGGGGUGGCAGUGCUGGUGGUGAUCCUCGUGAUCCUCCUGGUGUUCUCCAUCCGCUUCAGGAGAGAGGCACAGAGGCAAAAGUCCCGAGUGUCUGAGAUGUACAAGUGGGGUGAAGAGGAAGGCAGAGCAUCUCCUGGAGCCUUCCACAACGUUGGCUUUGACCACAACGAAGAACGAGAAAACUACAUCCCCUUGGACUCCGUGUACAGCAACUUCCAGCCUUCCCUAAGCCACAUAAACCCUGAAAGAAAGAUCCAGAUUCAGAGGCCCCAAGUAGUCAUGACGUCCUUGUAAACACUAACACACAAGCGGUUUUUGCGUGGAUCCGUGGAGCUGAGGACGGAGAAGCAUGUGUGGCCAAGCAUGCUGGAACACACGCUACACUGAGAAUUCCCCAUGGAGACUUAUUGGGAAAUAGACCCUGCAGUUACCAAGAAUGGAUAGCAGAGAGAUGACGCUGGAAGCUCAGAAAGUGUGGGAACUGCAGUGGCCAUGUUAUGAUGGCAGGCGAUACCUCCCAGAACCCCGGCCCCUGGGCCCACGUUCAGCACCAAGGACAGUGCCCCGCCCGCUGCCAUUGAUGGCUGUUAUAACAUUGGAUUGCAUUUUACCAUCUGCAAAGCUUCUAAGAAAGAUCACCUCCCGUCGCCAUGAUAAGCACUGUUUUUAACAUAAACCAUCUGUCUUUACAAGGUCACGCUUAAGUUUUAAGUUUCUUUUUGACACUGGGUAUAAUUAAAGCUUUUAUUUUAUUGCA